GCUCUCUUUAACCAAGGUGUUUCUGCUCGCUGACUUUGUGCAGAGGAAUUCUUGAAUACCUGCAGCCGUCCUUCCCAUUAUCAGCCAAAGAUGCUGUUUAAUUUGAAGACCUUGCUGAGGAGUGCAGCUUUCCGACAAGGAAGCCAGUUGGCAGUUCGAAAUUUUCAAUGUGGAAAAUCAGUACAAAGCAAUGUCCAGUUGAAAGGACGUCAUCUCUUAACUCUAAAAGAUUUUACAGGAGAAGAAAUCAAGUAUUUGCUUUGGCUAUCAGCAGAUCUGAAGCACAGAAUAAAACAGAAAGGAGAGUAUUUGCCUUUGUUACAAGGGAAAUCCCUCAGCAUGAUUUUUGAGAAAAGAAGCACAAGGACAAGAUUGUCAACAGAAACAGGAUUUGCUCUGCUUGGAGGACAUCCUUGUUUCCUGACGACCCAAGAUAUCCAUUUGGGAGUGAACGAAAGUCUCACAGACACUGCACGGGUGCUUUCUAGCAUGACAGAUGCCAUUCUGGCUCGUGUAUAUAAACACUCUGAUUUGGACCACUUGGCCAAAGAAGCUUCAGUACCAAUAGUCAAUGGGUUGUCAGAGAUAUACCAUCCUGUCCAAAUUCUGGCUGAUUACCUCACUCUCCAGGAACAUUAUGGUUAUCUGAAAGGCCUCACGCUUAGCUGGAUCGGUGAUGGGAACAAUAUUCUACACUCCAUCAUGAUGAGUGCUGCUAAAUUUGGAAUGAGUCUGCAGGUGGCUACACCCAAGGGUUAUGAACCUGAUCCUGGUAUCACCAAGCUAGCAGAGCAAUACGCUAAAGAGCAUGGUACCAAGUUGUCUCUGACUUUUGAUCCAAUGGAAGCUGCACGAGGGAGCAACGUCUUAAUCACCGACACGUGGAUAAGCAUGGGACAAGAGGAAGAGAAGAGCAAGCGGCUACGAGACUUUCAAGGUUACCAGAUAACAAUGAAGACAGCUGGAGUUGCUGCUCCCAACUGGACAUUUUUACACUGCUUGCCCAGAAAACCAGAAGAGGUUGAUGAUGAAGUAUUUUAUUGUCCAAGGUCACUUGUAUUUCCAGAAGCUGAAAACAGGAAAUGGACAAUCAUGGCUGUCAUGGUUUCCCUGCUGACAGAUUACUCACCACAGCUGCAGAAGCCUACCUUUUGAUGCUUCGGCUCUUUCCAAGGGGGAAAAAUAUUUUGCAGCAACAGUAUAUUCUAGUCCAUGGGGAGGUGGAGAGAGAGGAAGAAGAAGAUCAAAGAAUUGACCCAUUCCCUAAUGUAGCCAAUAGGUAGAUUGUACAAUAUUGCUUUGCCCUUGUGAUCCCAUACAAUCCCAUACAAUACUGAAGCUUUGUCAUUUGCGCCUUUUUUUUGCCUCGUUGUUUAAAGCUCAAUAGGGUUUGUGUUUGCUUAUACUUUUAAACUGUCAUUUAGCGAAUGAAUUUGAACAUUCAUUUAGCGAUUGUUGGGUUUGCCACUUCAGCAUAAGAAAACAGAACUCACAAAGCAGGCUAUAUGACUUAUUUGUGAUAGCCUAAUGGAUCAUUACCUACAGUGAUUUGCACAUCAUAGUAAUAAAUAAUGAUAAUAACAUCACAUUUGUAUAGCAGUUUAAGAUUUACAACAAUGUUUUCCCCAUAACGACCUGUUGAGCUGGUGGCUCGGCAGUGAAUACAGGUUGCUGUCAUGUCCUUUUGGAAGGACGCAACAAUCCUUGGCUACCCGCAAGGCCAAAUAACUCUCCUCCCAAAUGGAUUACACUAUUAAGAAUACCAAUGGGACUGACUGGAUGUUCUGUUGUGGAGGAGGGGUAAUAAUCCUAAGAGGCAGCUUAACCAUGGCCAAACUCUGCAGUUACUUGCCAGGCCUUCCGGGAAGGCAGGGAUUGGGUAUCUUUAAAAACAGAAUUCUGGCUACUCUUAAAAGGAUGUUUAGAGUUACCACACUGGGCAAGCCCUUGCAAGAAAGUGGAACAUCUCUGUUUUCAUAGCUAAGUAUACGUGUUCCACUCAGGACAGAAGCAAAAACUUUUAUAAACAAUUGAUAGCCAGCCAAGAGGCUAACAUGCAAAUUUUUUUUUUAACUUUAUGUUGCUUUCACCUGAGUUCAAAUCCUUCUGACAUUAGCUACUUACCUAUGGACAAAGACUCCUCCGAAUUUCUGUUUCUUCUUCUCUAAGAUGGUGAUAAUGAUACCCAUAGUACCUAUUUCUGAAGGUGGAAGGCUGGAAGGCUCCAAUGAGAAGAUGUAUAUAAAGCAUUUGGCAAACUUUAGUGCAAAUCAUGAGUAUUGCUAUUAUUAUAAGCCACCUCCAGAUAUUCCUAUAGAGCUAUUACAGCUGAAAAGAUAUUUCUUUCUCUAAUUUCUAUAUAUAUAUGCUACUGUAUUGCUUUCUUAGAAUCAAAAUGAGAUUCAUGUAUUUUGAAUAAUUGUAAAAUUUUAUUUUAUAAUCAGUUAAUCAAAGACCUCAAAAAGUUCAGUGCAUCUUCAUCAGGACAUUUCACAAGGAAGAGUAAAACAAGUAAAAUCACUUCCUUGGCAUUCCACCUACGUAGUAUUCUAGUUGUAGACUGGCCAGCUGUGACCUUAACAAAUCAGCAGGAGAUAAAUUAUGUAUGAGAUGUUCAGUGAAGAAUCCAUAAAAUUGUUUAUGCAAAAAGA